UUUUGAAGCUUGCAAGAGCUGACUGUCGCCAUUCUCUGAGCUCGGCAAAAGCCUUGGAGCACCCGUUGAGAAGAAACCUCCUGAUUAAAGGCCAGAUUCCCAAGAAACGCAAUCGCAAGACCAUCAGUUGUCGUCCGAAAGGAAAGGGAAUCUUAUCGUAUGUCCGCUAUCCAGAACCUCCAAACUUUUGACCCCUUUGCUGAUGCAACUAAGGGUGAUGAUCGGCUCCCAGGUGGGACUGAGGACUACAUCCACAUAAGAAUUCAACAGCGGAACGGGCGGAAGACUCUGACCACGGUUCAGGGCAUAGCCGAUGGCUAUGAUAAAAAGAAGCUAGUCAAGGCCUUCAAGAAGAAAUUUGCCUGCAAUGGGACUGUGAUUGAGCACCCCGAGUAUGGUGAAGUAAUUCAGCUGCAAGGUGAUCAGCGCAAGAACAUUUGCCAGUUUCUCACUGAUAUUGAACUGGCCAAGGAGGAGCAGCUCAAAGUCCACGGGUUCUAGAAGCUGAAUUUACCCCUCCCUCUGAUAUCUAUCACAACUUACCCUUUUACGCUGCCGGUUACCCCCCAGCAGCCACUUCUCCCCUUCAGGGGAUUAAAAAAAGCUAAAUAUGAUUACCUCUGAUUUGAGACUUUUAGGAUGGCACCCUUAUCAAAUUGACCAGUCUUGUUCGUGCAUGGACAGACAGCGAGGGAAAUUAUGCAGGAUAAAUGAUUUUUCUUUGUCCCCUCUUUAGUCCUUUUUUUAGUUUUAAUUUGUGCUAAGACGCAAUUCCAUGUAACUUUCUCUUUGUUUUGUACAAGAUGUUUCAGCAGGAUCUUCAAAUGCCAUGUUUUGCACAUUUUUAUGUUUUAAGGGCGGGGUGCAGAUGGGGCAGUUUAGAGAAUUUCUUGUAUCAUGCUUAAAUUCCAUCGUGAAGAAUCUGCAUUUUAGUUAUGAUGUGGGCCAGCCUGCUUCAGGAUUACAUUGUGCAAUUUGUGCACAAAGCGUGGCAGCCCAGUUUUUUCUCUAAAAUGCAUCUCUAACUGCCUUUUUUUACCCUUUUAUGUUCACAUUAUGCAUAAUUUCGAAUUUUCUAAAUGUGUAAUACCAUAUUUAGUUUUUUGGUCUGGAAUAAACAAUAUCCCAUA